CCCGAAUGACGUCGUCUCAAUCCCGGAUCCCCAAGUUCUCUAUACAUCGAGUUGGUCACCAGGAAAGGCUUGUCGUACUCCAGGACGAUAUGCGCUGAGCUUGAACUCCCGUUGACAUUCUGCUCCGUACAAUUACCAAAAAGUUCCUCGGUGGACUGGAACUCCUGACUUUCUCCUGGAAUGGCGACGACGACGACGACCACCACCACCACUAAAGAAAUACCCGACCAAUCCGCAUUAUCAAACCUCAUCUCCGCCUCCUCUUCUUCAUCUUCAUCAACAUACCUCGGUGGUGCCAAAUCAAAAGAAGCGUCAUCAUCCUCAUCAUCAUCAUCAGACUCUCUCUCCGUCGAGGUUCUACAUAAUCUUCAACAUCAACAUAAUUGGGUUGACCUCAAAUUACAUACCAUCAAUCUCAAUGUCACCCCCUCUGCCAAUGUCAAUGUCAAUGACAACAUCAACACUACCAACGACCCAGCAGCAGCAGUAGGAGGAGGAGGAGGAGGAGGAUUAGGUAUCGUCAAUGUUGUUCCUUCACUUUCAUCCACUUCCGGGGCCUCGACGACCUCGGAUUCCUCGAAACCCGUCAAUACGACCAACUAUGCAAUCACUUUGAUAUCGGGCCUACCGCCACGUCACAGUUACAUCCACCCGGACCUUCAGAACCAUCUCGUCAAACAAAAAGUCGAAGAAACUUCACUCCCGGUGCAGCGAGAAUUCGUUCUCCCUUUAUCCCUCAACGAAACUUGGACUCUGAGUCGGUUCUGUGGAGUUUUUGAUCAAUUACCUGACCGCCAGUGGAUACUGGUCCCACCACCACCACCACCACCACCGUCCGGCAACAGCAGCGGCAGCAACGCCGCAAAUACACGUACAAACACAACAACAACGACAAGGCAAUCACGGAGUACAAGGACCAACACAAAUGGCACCUCACCCGGCAGGUCCAGGGCAUACGAGCACCGUGAUCAGAAACGUGUCUUGUUGGGUAUGAGGGCCAAAACUGGCGUCGGCGGUGACGGUACAAUCGUAUACUACAUCAUGCAGGAAGGAGAGGUGAAACCUCGACAAAACGGUUGAGGCGACCCUACACACGUUGCACAUACAUGCACGACCCUACCCCGGUUAUCAGCUUCAAGACUUUCCAAAUGAUUAUGAAUUAAGGCUAGAUAAGCCACGCCCUAGAGGCAUUUUGACCACUUGUACUCAAUGUGUCAAAGAACCAAGAUGAAACCUACGCCAACGCUUCCAAAGGCUUUCACUAUAACGGAAACACACACACAUCAAACAUCUCUGGGUCGUCAAGCAAUGAUCAGCAAACUCAUUGUCGGGUAAACCACUGGUGCCCCUUUAAUUUUUCAGACCGCACCACCUUGUGCGUCCCAUGUUGACCGUGCCUGAAGUGAUGGUGAUUUUCGUGGCGUGCCAAUUUUUUGGCCUCUUUCACCUCCUUCUUGGCCCCCUUCUUGUCCUCCUUGGCUUUGCGCUCCUGAUAGUCUUCGAUCGAUUCCAAGACGUCGUACUCUUGGACGGGUAUUCCUUCGGCACGCUUCACUUUGUUGCCCUCGAUGAAGACGCAGAUACCGGCGAAGAUACCUGUGAGACAUCCGAAUGUAAUCCAAACGCCAGUACCCCAAGAAGGCCGGUCAAAUCUGUUCCAAUGCCACAUCCAAAAGCACAGCAAAACUUGACACCCGGUGUUGAGCAUGUACAUGUACACGACGAAGUCGAGUGUCCAGGAUUUUGAGGGUUUGGCACGAAGGCCUGUCAACGGUGGCUCGGGCAUGGAUGUCGCAGGCAAUGGGAUCGCUGGGUUUUCUUCCAACUUGGCGAUAUCUUCUUCCAAAUACGGUGGAGGCGAUUCGGGGGUGCGUGGAUUUUUCUUGUUGUACACCGGUGGUGGGCCGACGUCGUCUGGUAGCUGAUCUGAGCCCGGC